ACUUUGAAUCUGGCAUGGGAAAUUGAAGUUCUUCUUUUACGACUAGCCAAUAACAAAACAAACAGAAAAGAAAACCGAUAAACAAACAAUACUUGCAAUGGGUCGUUCCAAGGGAAAAAAGAAAAAUAAGAAAAAGUAUUGGGUGUCUAAUUAUACUCCGAAAUAUGGCCUUUUAGAACCUGGAAUGAAAGGCUUUUUGAUUACUGGCGAUUGCCACAAGGAACAGGCUUGUAUUGAAGAAUCACUGAACUUAUUCAAUGAAUUUGCUGAUGAGUUAUAUGGACCUGAAUUGGGAAAUGGUGAGGAUGCUAUUUCAGAUGAAGUUGACAUAGAAGAGCAGUUAGCAAAAGAGAUAGAAACUGUCCAAUCAAACCAAAGAUUUUUGAAAGUUCGUACAAUGCUGAAAGGUGUUUUGUUCAUCAGCACAACUCUGCUUGAUCCUGCACACUUAGUUACUGCUAUGUUUGAAAGUGUACUCAAAACUCAAAGAAGAAAAACUAGAUUCAUUCAGAAGGUGAAGCCUAUAUCCCUAACGUGUAAAGCAUAUCCAACUGAUAUUGCUAAGGCUCUUGAUGCAGUUUUAUAUGAGUACUCUCAAAAAGAAGGAAAUCGAUGUAUAACGUAUAAAAUUGAAUGCAAUAUUCGACAUAACACUCUUAUGACAUCAUCUCAUAUACGAUGGUAUGUGAGAGAGUCAAUGAAAAAGUUCCCACAAUGGUCUCAGACUGUAUUUGGUCCAGAAAUUAUUCUUGAUAUUGAAGUUCUACGUCAUAUGUGCUGCAUAGGAUUUUUGAAAAAGUAUGAGGACUACAAAAGGUAUAAUCUAUCAAAAGCUAUAGCUGGAAACUCUGAAAAUUCACAAGAUUGUAAAGAUCAAGUUGAUAAUUCAGAGCAGCCAAGUGGAAGCAAUGAAGAGCAGAUUCCAAAUUCUGACUGAAUAGUGUGAUUAUUUGAUAUACAAAAUGAAAUAAAUGAUUGUUUCUUUA